GGGAGGUAUGGUAACAUAUGGCUGGUGAAGCGGAGUGAGCCCCCAGGUUGGAAGCAUGGGAAGUGAAGCAAGCCCGCGAAGGUACAAAAUGCAAAACAACAAGAAAAUACUUAAAACUUAACCAGAUUUGGGACAAAAAAAAGUUAAAGGGCAUAAAAGCACUUCAACCCUCACUGUCACGUCACGUUACGCCCGGGUCCUUACGGCGAAGGGGAACUAAGCUGAACACAACCAUGAAAUAUCAGAGUCGGAAACGUGUUGUGCGGCGGGUAUCACGUGACUGCCCAUAUGGUCGUCACUUCCUGUGCCGCUACCUCGCGGAAGCGGAAGUCGUUCUCAGUCACAAGAAAGUUGCCGGUACAAUGGGACGUGCGGAACGGAAAGCGGAAGCCCGAGAAGAAAUUGUGCGGCGUGAGCAGCACCGGGAGCGGCGGAGACAGAUUUCGCGGAUACUGUACAAGCCCGCAGCUGAGCGGAGUCCCGGGGAGCGGGGGCUGCUGGAGAGCUGUGCGGAGCUGGUGCAGGAGCUGGAGAAGCAGCGGCAGCGGAGGGAGCGGCUGCGCUACCGGGAGCAGGAGGUUGUGGAUGCAGCUGGAUUACUUCAAGAGAAAGUUCUAGAGUUGGCUGAAGCUGUGCGUGGAGCAAAGAAUAUGGUGAUCUACACUGGAGCCGGGAUCAGCACGGCAGCUGCUAUCCCAGACUAUCGGGGACCAAGUGGUGUAUGGACUCUUCUGAAUAAAGGCAGAAGUGUGAGUACCGGAGAUCUGAGUGAAGCUCAGCCAACGUUCACGCAUAUGUGCAUUGCACAGCUACAUCGAGCAGGGCUGGUGAAACAUGUAGUAUCACAGAACUGUGAUGGACUCCACCUUCGGAGUGGUUUACCCCGAGAAGUCACUUCUGAGGUUCAUGGAAAUAUGUACAUUGAGGUUUGCACUUCCUGUUCUCUACACAGAGAGUAUGUGCGAUUAUUUGAUGUGACGGAACGCACAGCUCUUCAUAAACACAACACUGGACGUUACUGCCAUAAGUGUGGCGGAGAACUGAGAGACUCGAUUGUUCACUUCGGAGAGCGGGGAAAGUUGACACAACCACUGAACUGGUCAGGGGCAGUUAAGGCUGUUGAGAAGGCUGAUGUAAUUCUCUGUCUUGGCUCCAGCCUGAAGGUCCUAAAGAAAUAUCACUGUCUGUGGGCCAUGAGUAAACCUAGUACUCGGCGUCCCAAACUUUAUAUUGUGAAUUUGCAGUGGACACCGAAAGAUGCAAUUGCUAACCUAAAGAUUAAUGGGAAAUGUGAUGAUGUCAUGCACCUUCUGAUGGAGGAGCUUCGGUUGGACGUUACCAAAUAUGACAGAUCUCAGGACCCAAUUUUCUCUAUGGCUGUACCCCUGCGUCCUGGAGAAGAAGGUAGUCACACUCGAAAACCCAUCCAGGCCGUGGAGAUUCACCCUGUGCCCCCAGAGCAGACUAUGCCAGUCUCAGAAGAGCCUCUCAGUGGCGGCUGGUUUGGGAGAGGAUACACCAAAGGAAGAAAAUCAAAAAGAUAGCGAUGUAGUUUUUAUUAUCCCACUGGCUCUGAAUAGGUGUAACAUUGCACAAUCCCACUGAGCCAUGCUGUUUGCACAGUGUCAUAUUUUUGUUUUUGUUUUUAAUUUUUAUUUUUUUAAUAAAAAUGUUUUAUUAGA